CUGAAAAAAAAAAAAAAGAAUGUUUACCUGACGCCCACCAUAGAAAACGUAACCGAAUCUGACAAUUUUUAAGGUGGACUCGUGAAUAAGCGGAAUAUUUGAACUGAAAUUUUUAGGUGUUUGUGUGUAUAGAAAGAGGCUGGUUGGUUUUUUGCAGUGUUUAGAAAAGGAAUGGAGCGUUUUCUUUGAACUUUUUAAGGUAAACUCGUGAGGAAACGGAAUAUUUGAAUAGUUAAUGGAAACUUAGAAGGUGCCUAGGAAAAUCUUGGUAACUUUUGCGUCUUGUUAAAGAAAGAAGAAAUUUUGUUGACUUUGUGGAUUAGAAAACUGUUAGUGGUAAAAAUAGAUAUUAUUACGAGAAUUAUCUGUUGAAAUAAAAGAAAAGAAAAGACUGAAGUAAAAUAACGUUAAUAUGUACUUAGAAAUAACUUAUAAGGAAAAGUGUUUAUAUAUGUGACUUGUGAACUUAGAAAAGAAAAAAAGAGUAUUAUAAAGAAUGAUAUAGAAAAUAAUUGAAGUGUUGUGAGUAUAAUAUACUUUUAAAAUACUUUGAAUUUGUGAACAUUAUAAGAGAGGAAUGAAUGAAUGAAAAGCAAAACGAGAUGAAAUGAAGAUAAUUGAAAAAAAUAACAGAAAACAGGAGAAAUAAAGAUAGAAAUAAGAGGAAAUGAAAUAAAGAAAAUUCAAAGCAAGGAAAAGAAAGAAAAACGAAAAAAGUAAAAGAAAAAAGAAAAACAAACUAAAUAUGAACCAAAAAAUGAGAAACUGAAAGAAAACAAACAAAAAAUAAACAAAACAAACGUGCCAUUCGUUAAACCAACAAGCAGGUAAACAAACAAACAAACAAACAUUAUUCCUUUUCAUUUUUUUUCGUGUUUCUUUUAAUUUCUUCCUUCAUUUCGUUGGUUCAUUUUAUUUAUUUAAUGUUCCCUUCCUUCGUUAAUUUUUCCCUCUCUUUCUAUUCCUCUAUUCCUUCAUUCAUUCUAUAUUUUAAUUAAUCUUCACUACUACUACUACUACUACUACUACUACUACUACUACUACUACUACUACCACCACCACCACCACCACCACCAUUGUGAGGGGUCCCAAUCAGGCCGCAGGUUACACCAGCCCACCCCCCUCCGGCAUGUCACCCCCCGUCACCCCAGCGGGAGGGGGGCCACCACGUCACCACCGCCAGGAUGAGAGGUACCACCACCACCACCACCACCGCUACCACCACCACUACCACUAUAAAAGGGGAUAUCUCGACAGUCACCACAAAUCCCACACCUGCCAUCACCACUACAAGCUCACAGGGACCCCACAACACCACUACAAGCUCACAUUGUCACCACAACACCACUACAAGCCCACAUUGUCACCACAACACCACUACAAGCUGUGAGGGGCGUCCAGUCAUCACCACGAGCUCUCAAGACCAUUUAAUCACCACUAUAAGCCCCCACAGCAACCCCAUCAUCACCACAAAUCUUCAACACCAACCCAUCACUUCUACAACCUUGCAACACCGCGCUGCCACGUCUACAAGCCUACAACAGCGCCCCGUCACAACCACAAGCUUGCAACACUGCCCGACCACCACUACAGCGCCCCAGAACCUCCCAGUCACCUCCCUACCUCUCCCCAUCACCCCCAGGCAGCCCCAGGACUCCCCACUGCUCCCCAGCCCCACCCAGGAACCUCAGCUAACGGCUCUCCCCAGCUUUGGCCUGUCUUUCCCUCCAACGUUAACGGACAGAAUUCUUCAAGAGGCUGUUCUUCGGCAGGCGUGUGUUGGCCAGUGUGUGGGGGAGGUGAUGACAGCUGCAACUGGCGGGGGUUACAUGACGAACAUGCCCGCGGGAACGGCCUCCAGGGACAGCGGUAGCAGUAGUGGGGAUCUCAUCUCUUCCCCUUCGCCCUCCACCGCCUCCUCGGAUGGUGGGGGGCCUGGCGGAGGGGCGGGGGGGCGGCAGGGGGGUCCUCCUCCUCCCCUCCCCCUGCCCCCUCCCCUCUGUUGACUAUCGUGCCAGCGUUGCAUCCGAGCUCCCCCAGGGCUGGCAGUGCAUCCCCCUCCUGCCCCCCCACUGACAGCUUGGGGGUGACAGCACACAUAACAGCACAGGUGAUGGUGACAACAGGGUCCAGUGCCAGCGAGGGUGGUGAUGGUGGUGGUGAGGGGGCCCUGUCCUCCACCUCCUCCUCCUCCUCCCCCUCUGUGUCCCUCACCAAGGGCACCAUCAUCCCCCCAGACUCCCUCAUCAUCAGCACAGAGGGUAGUUCGGCACGCUCGUACACCUCCCUUACCCCCGUCACCCCCAGCAUAGUGUCGGAGGGGGAUGGGUCCCUGGACUCUAGCGGGGGGACUGUAGCCAUUCACAGUUCCUACGUCCAGUAUGUUGAUGCUUCACCUGACCCUCUGUUCCCAGCUAAUAGUGCCCAGAUGGCCUAUCCGGUGUACACAGUUGGAGACACCACUCUGUACUCCUCGUCUAGCAAUACGUACUACCAGCCGGGCCCCACCACACCUGUCUCCUACUCUCAGGAGGUUGCCAACAGUCCAGUGAGUGGGCAGAUCUUGUCAUCGAGCACCAACACUUAUGUUAUCCAGCCAGCCAUUGAUACUGACACACAGCCACUCAUCAACACACGCGCCUCGCCUCAAACUAAUUUCAGAGAGGAACCCACAACUCCAAGAUCUCGGCAUGAAGAGGAGGAUGGAGUGACAUAUGUCGUUAGUGGCGGAAGUCCUCCACUUGAUGCUGACGCCCAGGCUAACCUCGCUCACGCCACCAGAGUCUCCCCCGCUACGGUACAGUGGCUGAUGGACAAUUACGAGACAGCGGAGGGAGUCAGCCUGCCCCGUUCCACCCUGUACAACCACUACCUCCGCCACUGCGCCGACCACAAGCUGGAUCCCGUCAACGCCGCCUCCUUUGGAAAAUUAAUUCGUAGUGUUUUCCUGGGACUACGAACUCGCCGACUGGGCACCAGAGGCAACAGCAAGUACCACUACUAUGGAAUCCGCAUCAAACCCACUUCUCCUCUUAUCAACGUAAACGACGACGGCUCUCCCAUCACCGUGCGCCACCAGGGGUCCUGCAACACCUCCCUCAAGAAAUCUGGGCAGUCCUCCCUUCCCCAGCAGACCCCACAGCCCUCCCAGCCCCAGCAGUCCCCAGGCAGCCAGAAGAACUUGCAGGCCAGCGCCACCAAGACCCAGGACACUCAUUAUGACUCGCACACUCAAGUCUCCGCUGAAACGUCCCCAAUGAUCCUGCAGAACCAACAGUACCUGGGUGACGUGAGCCAGGCUGUACCCAUGUUUGAGGAGGUCGACUUUGGCCCAGGCACCCUGCCAGCCGGCGUCACCAGGGCACACCUCGACACCUUCACCAGCCUCUACAGGGAGCACUGCGAGACAAUUUUGGAUGCUAUUUAUAACCUCCAGUUUUCUUCAGUGGAGACUCUGUGGAAACGCUUCUGGUUGGUGAAUAACAACAACACCAGCAAAUCGACAGGAAGUGAGCUGUCUGACGAUGAGGAGGGAGACCUGGCUUCCCUCCUGCCUUCCUCUGUCCUGCAGGCAUUACUGAGGGCUCCACCGGUGCUUGAAUUCAUCAGGAACUUCGACUACCAGUUCUAUCAGAAUCUGGUAGAGGUGCUGAUUCCUGAUGUGCUGAGAUCAAUUCCCUCCAGCCUCACUCAAGCUAUUCGGAACUUUGCCAAGAGUCUGGAGUCGUGGCUUUACAGUGCUAUGCUGGGCUGUCCUCAGGAGCUCAUUAGCAUCAAGGUGAUUGCCGUGGCGUCGCUGGCUCAAACUCUCCGUCGUUACACGUCCCUGAACCACUUAGCACAGGCGGCCAGGGCAGUACUGCAGAACUCGGCCCAGAUUUCGCAGAUGCUGGCCGACCUCAACAGAGUAGACUUUCAUAAUGUACAGGAGCAGGCCUCGUGGGUGUGCCAGUGUGACGUGAGCCUAGUGGGGCGCCUGGAGGAGGAUUUUAAGGCUACCCUCCAGCAGCAGAACAGCCUGGAGCAGUGGGCUGAGUGGCUGCAGGCUGUGGUAGGUCAGGUGCUGCGGCCUCACGACAACAAGCCAGAUUUUCCGAAGCAGGCCAGACAGUUCCUGCUUAAGUGGUCCUUCUACAGCUCGAUGGUGAUCCGCGACCUGACCCUUCGGAGUGCUGCCUCGUUUGGCUCCUUCCACCUGAUCCGUCUGCUGUAUGACGAGUAUAUGUUUUACCUGGUGGAGCAUCGCGUGGCAUCCUCCCUUGGCCUCACCCCUAUCGCUGUCAUAUCCCAGGGCCUUGGAGGAACAAGCAAGGCAGCUUCAGACGCCAACAACUUCAUCAAUGGUGACGUGCCGGCCUACCACCGCUCAGAGGACGCAGUGUUGCCAGCAUUCAAGCGCCUCAAGUAUGAAACAUCUUAACUCCCCUCACCUCAUCCUUCCCCUUCCAUCCUACUCCUGUUCCUCCAGUACCCACAGAAAACCCCUCCCUUCCUCCCCCUCCCCUCCUCCCCCCGUCACCCUGGCACAAAGGGGAAGGCGCCUCCCCCGGUGGACAUCCUCCCCAUUACUUCCUUCCCCCGCCAAGCCCAGGAGUGCCCCGGCCCACUGAUGCUGUGGAGGACCCAGGCACACGGCACGGAGGGAAGAUGUGUGUGUGUGUGUGUGUGUGUGUGUGUAAGGGUGGUGUAAGGUGUCAUCAAACACAGUGGGUGAGUGAGUUGGGUGAGUGGGUGUGUGGGGGAAAGGACAGAGUCAUCAGAGGAAGCUAGCACCAUCUAGUCAGUAUUAUUGUUUAGCAUCUUGGACAAUUUGUGUUUUAUGUUACUGUUUAUUUCCAAAAAAACAAAAAGAAAAAUUAUUUUUGUAUGUGUCCAAGGCUGUCAAGAACAGAAAGUGUGUGUGUGUGUGUGUGUGUGUGUGUGUGUGUGUGUGUGUGUGUGUGUGUGUGUGUGUGUGUGUGUGUGUGUGUGUGAGUGAGUGAGUGAGUGAGUGAGUGAGUGUUUGUCCUCACAUGUGGUGUGGUGUAACACCAGCAGGUGUAGUUCUUCGUAGGACAAAAAAAAAUCUAGUCAUAGAUGGUAUAACUAUUUUUUUUUAAGUGUCAGAAACUGAGCUUCAUUCUACAGGUUUGAGACGGACAGUGCAGGUGUGUAGUGUUGAGGGAGUGUGGCAGUGUGGCAGCAGGCGUGUGCCCCGUCCCGCCUAGACUGGCGGGGCGCCGCAAGCUCCCCCGCCUGGCCGGGUGUCCCCCCGCCGGGCGGGGCGCUGCCCCCUGCCUGUAGGGUUUCUUAAUCGUUGUUUCAGAAGUGUUGUGUAAUUUAUAUUUUUAUACCAAAAAGAACAACACGGAGGGGCGGUGUGGGUGUCCACCGCCACCGCCCCGAGUGGGCGCGGCGGCCGCCCCGCCCCGUCCCGCCCCGUCCCGUCCUCGUGUGACCCCAGACAAGCCGGGACAGCAAGGACUUCCGAGCCGGCUGCCCGUUGCGGGCGUGGCGGGGCGGGGCGGAGAGGCGCCUUCUUCCUGUGUGCUGUUGCUUUGCUCAAUGUCUCCAUCCAGUGUGUCUCCCCCACACGGCGCCCCAAGAGGACCUAUUUUUACCGACGAGGAGCAGCCUUUGCCGGCCGGCAGAGGCCAGCAGGGGAGGGUGUGUGGGGGCAGUAUUAGUGUGCAGGGCGGCGCGAGGCGGGGCAGGCGCGGGGCCACUGUGUGUCGGGCACCAGACGACCCCCGCGCCAGCAUGCGGCGGCGGCGGUGGUCAGCGUGUGGUGGUGUGGCACUGCGUGGCUUCCAUGGCCCCCUGCCUGCCCUCCUCCCCCGCCACUCACUGUUAUAUUAUUUUAUGUGGACGUUUGAGAUAAAAAAAAAAAUGGUCCCGCCGGCCGCCCCACGCCACACUCCCCCCGGCUGCCUGGCUGGGGGACGGGGGCGAGGGGGGCGGCGGGGCACCUCAGUGUUGAAUGUGAUACUGUGUUGUGGGUCUGGUGGAGGACCAAAAGGUUAUUAGUGUCUCUGUGUGCCUCUAAUUCUCUACAGUUACUCAUUUAACAGUUAAGUCAGUCAGUCAGUCAGUCAGUCAGUCAUGCUUGCCAACCUACACGUGUGAGGCUAACUGUACUCCCCAUGUGUGUGCAUGUGUGUGUGCGUGUGUCCCCUGUGCACCGAGUGACCCACGUGUGGUACAAAUAUAUUAUAGAAAAGUUGCACACACAGAUGGAAAAACGUUUGACUAAAUUAAGGUCACAAUCUGAUAUAUUUUGUGUGUCGGUUAAGUCCAGCGGUGGUGGUGGUGGUCUGUGCUGCCGCGGCCGCCACACGCGCCACCGUACUCGCACAUUGCCUGUCUGCGCAGAGGCUACCUGGCUACAUGGACAACGAACUAGUGGUCCAUUACUAGCAACAUUAUCAGGGAAAAUUAACAAACAAAUGUAUUUAUCUAAAAAAAAAAUAAAAUAACAAAUCCAAGAAAUUCUUAAUCAUUGUAAUUAUUCUGUCAGAGUUGUGGCCGCGGUGGUUUGGUAAGGCAACAGCUAGGCGAGGGAAAACAUCUGUGGCGGGACGAGUAACAAUGUGUGUGUGUGUGUGUGUGUGUGUGUGUGUGGUGGAGAGGCAAGGCAGUGUGAGGCGUUGCAAUGCUGCUGUCCGGUCAUGACGCACUGGUUAACCUACACGCUCAUAGUCUUGUUGAGAAAGAAUUAUUACCGUGCAUCUUUUUGGUGUGCAGUGGUUUGUUAUUGGCCAGCUGGAAUGUUGUAGUGUUGGAGUGACGGACAGGCAUGGUGACGCUGCGGUCUGUGCCCCACUAAAACAUGUUGAUACUGCACACACACACAUACCACACCAACAUACACAACACCAACAAACAUACAUACCACGCCAAAACACACACACACACACACACACACACACACACCAAGGCACAGAUGUUUUCCCAGGUGAUGCAGGUGUGGGCUCGUCCCGGCCAGUGGUGCAGAUAGUGUUUGGUUAAGAGUGGCACGACAGCUGCUGGCAAAGUGAAGCUGAGAGCACGAGGUGAGAGGGAAGGCUAGGGUGAUGGCGGUAGCGCGGCUCUGAUGCCACGCGCCACCGGUCUUGUGCCGCCCCUCCCUCCCCGCCAGGGCCAGAGGGAGCCAGAUAUGUUUUGUAAUGUUUGUUUUGUAUAAUGUAUGAAUAAACCAGCAAAUGGU